CAACCCCCUCCACAUCUGCCUGCGACGUCGAGUAUUCGUGCUUCGUUGUACGGGAUAUCAGCCACCUCAUCUCUCAGAUCGCACCGUAUAGUUUACUCCCGACCAAAACUCUCCGCAUCCUCACCUACAUCUUACAAUCCUCCCCACGGCUUACGGUCAUCCCUCCCUCAUCAUGGGAAACGCCCAAUCCUCCCGCGCUGGCCCGCGGCCGCGUGCCCGCAGUGCUCAGGACGAUGCAGUCAUCGAGGCACUCACUCAGCAAAUUCGCAGCAUUCGCCGUGUAGACCUCCUCGACGAACAAGAACACUCAUAUGUCCAUGUGUCGCAUGAAAAGGGGAUCCCAUCGACGCACUCGACCGACCCACGCCUGUCCCUCAGUACCACCACGAACUGGGAGAAACACCUCCUCUCAGACCCCAAGAACCGCCUCGCGCUGAAUGCACUCUUGUCCAACGAUGUGCGAACGAUUGUCUCGAACAAAGUAUCGACGCUCGCCGAUACACAGACCUUCAACAUCAAGAUCCCUUUUGAAGGAUCGCCUGUUACAAAUCAAAGAUCAAGCGGCCGAUGCUGGCUCUUUGCGACGACCAAUGUCCUCCGCGUGCCUAUCAUGAAGAAAUAUAACCUGAAAGAGUUUGAAUUGUCCCAGUCGUACUUGUUCUUCUGGGACAAACUCGAGAAAGCCAACUAUUUCCUCGAGCAGAUUAUCGACACCGCGGACGAAGAUCUCGAGAGCAGACUGAUUCAAGAAUUGCUGUCCGCGCCCGUUAACGAUGGAGGACAAUGGGACAUGGCUGCGAAUCUGGUGUCAAAGUACGGCCUGGUCCCGCAGAAACUAUACCCUGACUCUUAUAACGCCAUGAACUCGGGCUCUAUGAGCUCGAUCAUCACGACGAAGCUGAGAGAAGACGGCCUUAUCCUCCGAAACAUGGUGGCCAAAUGCAAGGCCGCAAGCGACAAGACCAGACCAAAUAAAGAAGCAGAACUCGUGUCCGUCAAGGCGAAGAUGAUGCAAGAAAUCCACGGCAUCUUGACCCUCAUGCUUGGCCCACCACCCAAGCCCGAUGAGACAUUCACAUGGGAAUACUAUGACGCGAAUGACAAGUACCACAGUGUGACCAAGACACCAUUGGAAUUCGCAAAAGACAUGUCCUCACCCUCGCUCGUUCGAACACUAGGUGCGAACGUGAGUGAGCUCUUCAGUCUGGUCAACGACCCGCGCAACAACUACAAUCAAUUACUGACCGUCGAUCGACUGGGCAACGUCGUUGGUGGUCGCGGGGUUACGUAUGUGAAUGUCGACAUGGCGACCAUGAAAAAGGCGGCGAUUGCGAUGCUCAAGGCCGGCUUGCCCGUGUUCUUUGGCAGCGACGUUGGCAAAUUCAGCAACUCCAGCUCUGGAGUCAUGGAUCCAAACCUGUACGAUUAUGGUCUCGCGUUCAACAUUAACUUGGGCUUGAGCAAGAGUCAACGCUUGCGGGCGGGGGAGAGCGCCAUGACACACGCCAUGGUCCUGACGGCCGUACAGGUCGAAGGAGGCAAGAGCGUCAGGUGGAGAGUGAUGAACAGCUGGGGUGAUUCGGCGGGCGAGAAGGGUUACUUUGUCAUGACGGAUGAAUGGAUGGACGAGUUCGUGUAUCAAGUCGUUGUUGAUCCAUCGUACGUGACUAAAGAGAUUAAAGAUGUUUUGGACCAGAAGCCAAAGGUACUUCCACUCUGGGAUCCUAUGGGUGCUUUGGCUUGAUCUUUGUAGGAGGAAGUUGGACCAAGCAUUUUUACGAGGAGCGUGACUGUGACUUGAUGGGGGAGUGCCGAGUCUUGAAUAUCCAUGUUUCUGGGAUGGAAUACUCCGUAAUGAAUAUCAAUAUGAAUCUUUACGACCCAAUAA